AUGACCAUCAUUGAGAAGGAACUGACGAACCAUUCGUACAUUGACCAUGAGUUGUCAGCCAAGUUAGAUUCCACUGAGGCAUUUGAAGGUCCAGAAAAACUACUGGAAAUAUGGUUCUAUCCUUCUGCCAAAGAUAUUCCACAGGAAUCUAGUUCCAAAUCUACACUUCGUGACAUUGAAGUAGCCAAAUGGGUGGAAGUGUUGAAACUCGUUAAAUGUGAAGUUCUAUCGGUAAGGUCCACGAACUCCAUGGACGCAUUCCUCUUAAGCGAAUCAUCACUAUUUGUUUACGAUCAUAAAAUCACACUCAAAACUUGUGGUACAACUACCACUUUGUUCUGCUUGCAGCGGCUGUUCGACGUCAUUGACGCCGAGCUCGGUUGGGAUGUUUGCAAGAACAAGGAUAAAGAGGGUAGAUAUCAUCCAUACAAAGUAUUUUACUCGAGGCGCUGCUUUAUGUUCCCCCUGAAGCAACGCUCUAUCCACAAAAAUUGGGCUAAUGAAAUAGAGUUCUUGAACAAGCUCUUUUGCCAUGGUAGAAGUUACCUCGUGGGUCGUAACGACGAAAGUAACCACUGGAACUUGUACGUUACCGAAACGAACAAAUCCAUGGCACAAAAAUUGAGCGAUGGGGAUCCGGAUGAGACUCUGGAAAUUUUGAUGACAGGACUAAGUCACGAACGAGCCCAGCAGUUCAUUUACACCCGUGACGUAAACGGUCAACAAGCCUCGAAAAAUUCAGAAGAAGAUGAGGGCCACACUUUGGGUUUCAAGAUCACCAAGGAAACCAGUUUAGACUGCGUUUACUCCAACAACACAAACUCCUCAUUCCAUCACGACGCCUUUGCAUUCACACCUUGCGGUUAUUCCGCCAACAUGAUGAUGGAUGAGAAAUACUACUACACAUUGCAUGUUACACCUGAAAAGGGCUGGUCAUACGCCUCGUUCGAGAGUAAUGUGCCAGUGAGCAAGAUCUCAGAGAACAAGCAGGAUAACGUACAAGUUGUGAACCACGUACUCAAAGUUUUCCAACCACACGAUUUCUGUCUCACAUUUUUCACCAAGGAUGUAUGGAGUGAAUCCUUCGGCAAAUUCAUGAAUGUUGGCGAGCAAGUGCCAGGCUACACAAGGAAGGAUAGGAUUAUCUACGACCUGGAAGACUAUCAAUUGCUAUAUAUGAGAUUUGAACGUGUAUAA